AUGAGUAAUCGUCUCCCGUUCGGAAGUGGUAGCCAUAGACAGCAAAGAUCCUUCUUUGCUCGUAUUCAGCCCUCUUCUUCAUCCUCGCCUUCUGCCUCAUCGUCAUCUUUAACACAAACUGCUUCCCAAGAAUCAAAAACAUCGGAUGCUCAUUCUGCUUCGGAACGAUCAACUUCAAUUAAUCACGCCAUGAUAGACGAACAUAUGGAAGGUAGUAGUGGCUCUCAAUCGCAUCUUCUAAAGAAACAUCCAUCCCUUUUAGAAGAUUCUCCGUCAUGUUUUAAUAUUGAUGAUAAAUCAAAUUUUAUUAAAGUAGAUAAGAAUAUGGUUACGAUUAGAUAUACAGGAAGAGGAAAUCAACAACAAGAGAUUGGAUCAAUUCGUUCAAACGUUCCGUUUUCAGGAAGAAGUUUAAUUGAUUAUUUCGAAGUUCAAAUAAUUUGUGCUGGAGACCGAUCCUCCAUCAUGAUUGGACUAACCGAUGAGAAGUCUGAUUUUGUAAAUACACGACAUCCUGGAUAUGAUGCAAACUCAUUUGGGUUGUUUGGAUUAGAUGGUGCGAUUUAUACUAAUUCAAAAAAGGUGAAACCUAUUACAACAAAAUUUGCAGAUGGCGAUGUAAUUGGUUGUGGAGUAAAUUACAAUCAAAAGAAUAUUUUCUUUACAAAGAAUGGAACGUCUCUAGGAGUUGCAUUUCAGAUAAAGACAUGUGGAAGACUGGUACCGACUGUAGGCAUGCAUUCCAAAAACGAAGUGGUAAAGGGAGUAUUUUCCAACUUCCUCUUUGAUCUAGAUUCAAUGAUUGAAAACGAACGGAAAAAUGUACAACAAUAUGUGGAUAGUAUUAAAUUAUUUGAUGAUGACGCCACCUCUUCUUGGAGUCAAUCAAUUUCUGACAAGUCUCCAAGUCAAUGGCAGUCAAUUGAGAGAAAAGAAGGAAGUGAAUUGGACUUGUUGGUGAGAGAUUAUCUUUUUUAUUGCGGAUUUAGUGAUACUUUAAAGAUAUUUGAGCAAUCAGCUGCACUCAAACCCACUCGACCUUUGUCUAACAUGACAGGCACCACAGUCACUCUCGAUAACUCAUGUGAAACCAGAAAAAUAAUUUGUAAAUUAAUUGAGGCUGGUGAAGCCCAAAAAGCCUGCAUCAUGAUUGAAGAAAAGUUUCCUGAAUGUCUGAACGAGUAUGAUGAUGUAAGAUUACGCCUCUAUUGUCAAAUAAUGAUAGAAAUGCUUAAAAAUCAGCAAGUAUUAGUGGCUUUACAGUUUUCAAAACAGAAGAUAGCAAGAUAUAUCUUCAACAACACUAAUACAGAUCAGUUUGAUGGAAUGGCGAAUGGAUCAUCACCAAUGUCAUCCAAGAAAAAGAAGAAAAAUGCAGCAAACCUUUCUAAGCUGGCUUUGGAAACUGUUGGAUUACUUGCAUUCAAUGAGUUGUCUACCUGUCCCUUCCCUCAUCUUCUAAGCCAAGAUUAUAGAAAUGAACUGUCAUCUCUUGUAAAUCAAAUGCUAUUGGCCUAUUUAGGUGAGAAGAGAAGUUUCUCAUCUCUAGAGACUUGUGUGAGACAAUUGGAUCUCGUACGAAAGGCACUUAUUGAGAAUGGAUCUGGAAAUUUGAUUGAUUACGAUUGUUAA